AUGUCCAAAGUCCAAAAGGGCGAGAGAAUGGAAUCUACCAAAGAACCCAAUCAAUAUCACUCCACUCUCCCUCGCCUCCCCGUCUGUCCCGGUACGACCGCGGCAAUCACACUAUCACGUCGGGAUAUCUCUCUCCGUGCACGCAUUCGUACACGCGCUUCCAAACACCGGCGCAGGUACAAAAGCCCGGUCCAGGUGCACUUGAGGAGCUGCACCUGUGAACUCACCUGCCAAACCAGAUCCAGGCCGAGGAUCCUCCCCCAAAAGCACAACAGGGGCAACUCUACUCAUUACCCCAGCAUCAGCACCACGUCUGGGCCUGUCUACAGUGAAGUGCCUGUGCGCCCCGACUGCAUCGAUCUCAGCCUGUUCCCAAACCUCUCCGGUGCAGAUUUAUAA